AAGAGAAACUGAUUUAAUCAACUAUUCUAAUAGCUAGAUCAAGGGAAUUGAAGUUAAUUAAGGAGUUAAUAAGAAACUUUCAUCGAAUUGAAAUCCACUACUGUGUAAAUUUAUUUAGAUUUUGGAUUUUGUGAAUUGAUCAAGCAAUUCAAUGUGUAUAGUGGUUUUUAUAUGGCAAGCUCAUCCACGCUAUCCACUACUUCUCUUGUUAAACAGAGAUGAAUUUCAUGACAGACCUACUAAACCAAUAUCAUGGUGGGAAGGUGAUGAAAUAGUAGGCGGGAAAGAUGAAUUGGCAGGGGGGACAUGGUUAGCUUGUUCAAGAAAAGGUAAACUAGGGUUUCUUACUAAUGUCAUGGAACCUCCUCCAUAUCCUGAGAGGAAAAGCAGAGGAGGAUUGAUUAUGAAAUUUUUAGAGAGUGAUAAAAGUCCUGAGGAAUUUGCUAAUGAAGUGAUAAAGGAGGCAGAUGAGUAUAAUGGGUUUAAUCUGGUACUAGCAGACAUCCAUUCCAAAGUCAUGGUAUAUGUCACCAACAGGCCUAAAGCAGUACGUGUUUCUGUUCAAGUGGUUUCACCUGGUAUACAUGUGCUUUCAAAUGCACAAUUAGACUCUCCCUGGUUUAAGACUGAACGUUUGGGACAAAACUUCAAAGAACUACUUGACCAACAUAGUGAACGCGGUGGUGAGGUUCAGUUGAAAGAGAUGGUGAAAGAACUGAUGAGGGACACUGUUAGAGCAGAAAGAAGUAGGUUACCUGGCAUACGUCGUCCCGAAUAUGAACUCCCAGCAAGUGCCAUAUUCGUCGAAUGUGAUACCCCAAUGGGCCGUUAUGGGACUAGAAGCACUGCUGCUUUGUCUGUGACAGCAGCUGGUAAUGUAAGCAUUUAUGAAGAGUAUCUUGAGAAAGAGACAUGGAAGGUACAGACAGUAGAGUAUCAGAUAGAGAAUGUAAAAGGAGCCAAAGUAGUUGACAGCAGUGUCGAACCAUCUGCCUCUUCAUUGACUACUUGAACAAGACAUGAUUUCUUAACGCUAGUGGUGUUUCCAUGGUCAGUUUAAAUUUUCUUGUAACAUAUUUGUUGUAUUCUCUGUAGUCAUGCAUCAUCCAGAUUCUGGACAAAAUUUGUUGUAUUUUUAGUUUGUGAUGUUUCUCUUCUUAAGAGAGGAAAAGCAAUAAAAGAAUUCGUGCCGUAUUAUGAAGUG